AUGUUAUUAAAUGUUAAAAAAUCGAAAGCUCAACCAAAUGGACGUCUAUUAGAACAAUUAAGUUUUAUAUUAAAAUGGUAUACUGAUCAAGAAAUACUAAAUACGCAUAUAACAUGCAUUUAUUCAUUACAAAAAACAUUAUCCGGAUAUUGUACUCAACAACAAGCAGUAGGAGCUUUAUCACAUGUACAAAGAAUUAUAAAAGAAAAGCCCCAAGUAUUUGUUAAAGAAACAUCUAAACGACAUCGUCCACCAUCAUGGACUGAAGCAACACUUGAUGUUGCUGUUCGAUGGUUACUUAGACAAUGUGGAAGAAUUGAAACUGAGUCAAGACGAAAAUGUAUUGAACUUGUUUGUACAUUUAUUCCAUUAUUACCUGGUAUUCGAUCGAUUAGAGAAUAUUUUGAAUUAAAAGUUAAAUCAGAUGGAAAUGUUUAUUUCAUUGAACGAUUUGAAGGAACAUUAAAUAAAGAAAAAAAAACAAAAUUUAAAGCUAAUUUGGCUAAUCAAACAUGUUUAACUGAUAUGAGUGAACAAUUUUCAGUUCCAAUGGUUUAUCAAUGGCUUGAUACUGUUAUUGCUUCAUUAGAUUGUUAUACUUGGGUAUAUUCACAAGGAUUUCUUAACCCUAUGUUAUUUCAAGACAACAAUCAACAAAGCCGUUUAAUAGUUGCAUUAUCAUAUUUUAUAACAAAAAUAUCAAUGAAUACACUAUAUGAUAUAAUUACGUAUUUUACACCAUCGAAUCAAACAAAUGUAUUUACACCGACUGAUAUUAGUCAAUUUGAAACAGCAAAAUGUACAGUUAUUGUUCGUUUAUUGAAUUUUAUUACAGCACUCUGGUCUAAAUAUCCACGAGAUACAAUACGAGCUAUUGACAGUUCAUUUUAUAAUAAUGAUUUAACAAAAUUAAUUUUGUCUUGUGUAUUUAAUCCAGCACAACUAGGAUUCGAUAUUAAUAAUGAAGAAAUUAAUAAAAAAUUGCCUGAAAGAAUUCUUACUUUACUUAAAUCAAUGACAACUCAUCUACCUGAUCAAUUAUUACAAUCAUUCUAUGACAUUGCAUUAGAAAUGACAAAACCUGAUGGACUUUACAAUUUAACCAAGGAACUAAAUCAACAUUCAAUUCAUUGGUCAUUAAUAUUUACUAUCACUCGUGGACAUCGUCUUUUACAUGAUGUUCGAUUGCUACCUAAACCUAAUCAAUCUGAAGAAUAUGCAAAAGAAUUAUGGACAACAAUGUUAUCGAAAAUGAUUACUCAUGAAGAAGACUUCGAUAAAGCAAAUCUUGUUUUAACUGUCGAUACUCAACGUGGUUUACAAGCUCUACUUGAUUAUAUUAUUUAUUUAGGCAUUAAGGCAAAUGAAGUUUUACCAUAUUUUUUUCAAUCCAAUCGUAUUCAUACUGAUUCUGGUAUGACAACAAUUGGUACAUAUUUAUUAACAUUAUUUAAACAUCAAAUAACAAGUUGGCUUGGUAUAACUCCACAAUUUAUAACUGAUAAUGUUGGUGAAAUAAAUUCAGUUGAACAAUGUCGUCCUAUUGUUGCAUUUUUAAGUACAGUACUUGAUUUAUGUAGUCGUGAAAAAGAUAUUCGUCAACAAUAUGGUCGACAAUUUAUACAUGGUAUAUAUACAUGUUGGCCACAAUUUUCUCCACUUUAUUAUUCAACAAAUAUUGAUGAUAAAUUAUUAAUUGUAACAUUAUUAACAAAAACAUUUAUAAUUGAUAGUCAUCAAUUAAUAUUACAUGAACAAUUUGAUAAUAUAUCACAAAUGUAUUUAUUAUUAUUAAUUGAUAAACAAUUAAAUUUAACAUUUAAAAUACGUUUACUUGAUUUAUUAGCAUUUUUUGCAUCGAUUGAUACAGAUGAAAAUUUAAAUGAAGAUAAACGUCAAAAAUGGUCAAAUGAUCUAUGUCGUACAUUACGACAAUUUACAACUGAUUGUUUUCCAUUAAAAAGUACAGAAUUUUCUAUUGGUACACAAGAAUAUCAUGAAUAUCAAGCAGCUAUAAGAAAAAUUUUAUCAGCACUUGAGUUAUCAUCAUCAUUUAUAUUAUUUGAAUUGUUAAUAUGGAUGUUAUGUUGUGAACAACAUCAUAUAUUUGAAGAAGAAAUUUUAUUAUCAAUAAAUCGUUAUGUUAUUAAUUUAAGUAAUCAUGUUAAACAAACAAAUUUACUUGAUUAUAUUUAUUCAAUUAUAUUUGGUAAAAAUAUAUUAUUUCGUACUGAACAUCGUUUAAAUGCAUUAGAAAAAUUAAUAUUAAAAAUUUUAACAUCUGUACGUAAAAUAACAUUAAUUGAAUUUUAUAAAAAAUAUAUAUGUACAUUAGUUAUUGAUGAACUUGAUAUUAAACUUGAUUUAACAUCGCAAACAUUAAUAUCAAUAUUAAUAAAUAAAGUUUGUACAUAUCGUUUAAUUGAUCAUAUGUAUACAAUAUUAAAUAAAGAUGAUAUAUUUGGUAUAAAUUCAUCUAUAGCAAGAGUUUUUUAUGAUCAUAUAAAAAAACAAGAAGAAGCUAGAAAAAUUUUAAAUGUUGAAACACCUUUAACAGCUAUUAAAAUUGGACAAACAUUUGAUGGAAAAGAAUUAACUAAAUAUGUUAUUACACGUGCACGUGCACAAUUUGUUGAUGGAAGAUUAAUGAAAUCUAUGGAUGUUAUGCUAGCUGGAAUAAAUACAAAUGAAAAACAAGUUAAAUUACAUUUAAUACGUUCAUUAGCAACAAGUUCAUUUAAUAGUCUUAUAUCAUUACUUAUUUGUACACAAACAGAAGCUAAACUUUAUAAAGCUUUUAUUUUUGAUGCUAAUCCAGCUAAGGAUGAAUAUAUUUUUGAAAAUCUAAUUGAUUCAGAUCAUAAAUAUACAUUUCCUCUUGAACUUGAACGUUAUUAUGCAAAAGAUAAACGUACAUUAUUAAAUAUAUUAUGUAAAAAAAUUUUAACAACAUCGAAAUCCGAUAAUCCACAAUAUCAACAACGUCUAUCUAGUACUCCACGUUAUUUAUCAUCACAAUAUUUAUUUGGUAGUAGUUUAACAGAUGAAUUAGCUGUUUUUGAUUUUACAUCAGCUGCUGUUAAUCAACAACAAAAUGAUUUAAAUAAAAGUUUAUCAAAUUCUUUAUUAGAUAAUUCAUCAACAAAUUUAAUGAAUCAAAAAAAAAUUGAUAAUGAUAGACCAGCAUUAAUUGAAGGUUCUGAUGAUGAAAUAGGUUCAGAAUUUAUUGAUAUGGAAAUGGAUGAACUUAAUUUACAUCCAUGUAUGGUACCAAUGGUUUGUUUAUUAAAACAUAUGGAAACAAAUGGAAUUAUUCCAAUAAAUAAUCAUACACAUGAAAUGCCACCAUGGAUGAUAUGUAUGUAUAAAAAAUUUAGUGAUCCACUUAUAUCANCAUUUAAUAUUAAAUUAUUUAUUAUGCGUCUUAUUACACAUACACAUACAAUAUUUAAACCUUAUGCCCGUUAUUGGUUAACAUUAAUAAUUCAUAUGUGUAAUCAAAUGUUUGAAAAAUCUUCAGAAGGUUUAAAUACAUUUCUUAUUGAUACAAUUGUUAUAUUAUUAUCAUGGAAUACAAUCGCUAUGCCAAGUGAACUUGAUAGAACAUCAGUACAACGUCUUUUAGAAUAUUUAUUUCUUAAUUGUACACAUAAAAAUUCUCUUGUUAUGAAAUCAAAUUUAGAUUUAAUUAAAAAAUUCAUUGAAUUAUGGAAUGAACGUAUAUAUUCACCAACAUUAAUUCUAUAUAAAUUAAUAUCUGAUCAAGAUACUAAAUCAAAACAUAAUGCUAUUGGUUUAUCAUUAAUUGGGAUAUUAUUAGCUAAUAAUAUAUUACCUUAUAAUGAAAUAAAUGAUUUAACUAAAGAUAAAUUUAAUGAAACAUUAUUAAAAAAUAUGAAAAAUUCUUUUCGAAAUAUUUAUGCAGCAGCUGCAGAAGUUGUUGGAAUGUUAUUAAAUGUUAAAAAAUUAAAAGGUCAAUCAAAUGAACGUUUAUUAGAACAAUUAAGUUUUAUAUUAAAAUGGCAUAGUGGUCAAACUAUACAAGAUACAUAUGUAACAUGUAUUUAUUCAUUACAAAAACAUUAUCCAGAAAUUGUUGAUAAAACUGUUAUGAAUAAAUUAAUGUUUGGUUUGAAAAAAUUAUAUGGAGAUUUUAAAAUGGAAUGUUUAGAAGCAAUGAUUGCAAAUAUUACAGAAUUUGAUUCGACAUAUUUAGAAUUAAAAGCUGCUGGAAUACUUGAUAUUCUUAUUCAUAAAGAUUUUAGUAUUCGUAGUGUUGCAUUACGACUUUUACAUAAACUUUUACCAAAAUUAACUCAUGAACAAUUAUUUGAAAUAGCACAAAUUUUAUCUGUUGAUGGUUCAAAUGAAUGUCAAUAUUGGACACUUGAAAUUUACAAAUGGAUGUAUGAUUAUAUAACACAACAUAUAACAAAUGAAGUAAAUAUUUCUUUAAAAUCCAUGUCAGAAAAAUUUUAUCAUCAUGUACGUGAACAAUUACUUCAAUUAUUAUCAAGUAAAAAUGAAUAUAUUCGUGUUAAUUGUCGUAAUUUUUGGUGUGAUCCAAAACGUUUAAGUAUAUCAUCACAUCAUCGUCUUAUUGCAUUAGUUGAUCAAUUAUAUUCAAUAAAAACUGAAAAUGAAUAUUUAAAUUAUUGUACAAAUUUUCUUCUUGAACGUACAACACAUAAUCCUGAUUAUAAUCGUUUUAUAUUUGAAAAUCCACUUGAUAAAUGUAUAUUUCAAGAAUUUCCAUUAGUAUGUAAUUGGCGCCAACAACAUCAUACAUAUAUGAUACCAUUAUUUACAUUACAAUCGCAAACUACAAAUGAUCCAAUAAAUACAAAUAUUAUGGCAAUGGAUCCAUUUCAUUUUAUACAAACAUUAACAGAUAAUAAUAAUAAAAUUGAUCAACAACAACAAAAUUCAACAACAGAAAUGCUUUUACAAACACAAGAAAUAUCUAAUCGACAACAAUUUAUUCCAACACAAAUGUUAGAUAAUAAUACAAAUUAUAAUUGGCUUAAACAAACAAAUACAUUCGAUACAUCAAAUACAUAUAUAUUACCAACUUUAUCAACUCAAAAUAAACAAACAUCAUUAAUAGUUAAUGUUGAAAAUACAAAUAAAAAAUCAAAAUUAAAUUCAUUAUCAAUAAAUCAAUUUAAUAAAAAUGAUAAUGAUGAAGAUGAUAUAUUUCGACUUAAACGACGAUUUCUUAAAGAUACAGAAAAACAAUUUCUUAAUGAAAUUAAACUUAAACAAGAAAAUCAAGUUGAAAAAUAUCGUACAUAUCGUAUUGGUGAAUUGCCUGAUAUUCAAAUACGUUUUAGUGAUAUUAUUAUACCUUUACAAGCACUUGCUCAAUAUGAUGAUCAUAUUGCUCGUUUACUCUAUUCAAAUUUAUUUACAUCAAUAUUAAUAUCUCUUGAAGAUAAAUUAUCUAAUGAUGAAUAUAUUGAAUGA